AUGGCUAGCGAUCACGGGCUCUCUAACACCCAGUUCAAUACCAUCCUUAACGCUCUCGUGUCCAUCGAUCGCCGCUUGUCGCGCAUCGAAACCGCGCUUCAGAUCCCCAACUCCAGCCAUGCUCCCAACCCCACACCCCCGGCCGCGUCUGUGUCGAACCCCGCACAGGUCUCCAACACCCCCGCCACGACUGCGCUCCAUCAAGCGGGGAAUGUGUUCCACCUGGGACCGCGACCUCCACCGUAUCCCCAGCAACCAUCUGCCCCUGUCGUGCAGCGAGGACCCCUGGAUGACGUCAACAGUUCGGCAAGCAACCCCUUGAACUCCAACACCAACAUCACAACCACUGCCGGCACCAGCACUCCCAACCCUAGCAACUCCCUUCCGCCCUCGUCCCUCCUUGCCGCAGCAACUGCCCCCGACCGGCCCAUCAUCCCCCUCGAGCCGCCCCCCGCCGGCUGCACCAUCACCUCGAGGGCGACUAUGCAGGAGGAGCUUGACCGCUGGACGAUCCCGCGGGGCUAUAGCAUGCGCAUAGCCGGCGCAAAAGUGACCGGUAAGCGUAAGGUGCGCUGGGUGUGUUUCCGGGGCGGCGAGGCACGGCAUCACCGUCCUCCCGUAGACGAGGCCGUGCUGCUGAAGGCAAAAGCCGAGGGGAGACGCAAGCCGACUACAGAUCGGGCGAGCAAGAAGUGCGGGUGUAUGUUCCGGUUUGAAGCUGUUGAGACGACGAGAGAUAGUGAUGUGUGGGUGUUGCAUUACCCGAAUGCGAACCAUAAGGUGCAUAAUCACCCGCCGGCGGAUACGACGACUGAUCCGAGAGCGAGGAAGCUGCCGUCGUCUAUGAUGGCUGAGGUGGAUCAGUGGUUGAGGGAGGGAUGGCAAGUGAGUAAGAUUCAGGAACAAUUGAGGGCGAGGGGAAUCAACAAUGUGUUGAAUACGGAUCUGUAUAAUCGGAAGAGAAUGCUGAAGAAGGAAAGUGAAAGCGGCGUUAGCUGA